ACUCAUACCACCCCAAUUGCACUUCUUCCAACCCGCCACAAUGCUCUCCCGCACCCUCCCCCGCCGCUGCCUCUCCUCCACCCAGCACCUCCGAGCCCUCCGCAUCCCAUCCCAACCCCUCCCAUCACAGCCGCCAACCCACCUCCACCCUCCCACUCGCAUAGAGCACACAUCAUCUCGCCCCGCUCCCCGCCGCCUCUUCGCCACAACCCCCGGCCGCCGCGCAGACUUCGACCCCGCCCUCGUCGACCAGAAAAUGGAAGAAAUCACAGACCUGUCCGGCCCCCCUCUCCCCGCCCUCUCCCAACCCCCCUACCUCCACUAACACACACACACCAUAGCUACGGCACGGCGCGCGACGAAUUUGAAAUCGCGGCCGAAGAAACCGUCAAGAAAACGGUCUACGCGGAGGACGACCGGGCGGCGGCGAGGGAGG